AAAACACAGAUAAGUCCUAUUUAUAAAGACAGAUACUCUCAGGAAAACUGCUGCUCCUAAACCUCUAGAGAGACAAUCGCAUUUACUCUGAACUAAAAUUGUUGUUCCCAGGAUGGAGAAGAUGUUAAUGAUCUUCAUGAUUAUGCUUGCUCUUGGAAUCAAGUACUGGUCUUGCACAGGGUUGCCACGGUAUGCGGAUCCCCUCGUGGAUAAAGCCUUCAAUGCCUCUGUCAAAGCAGCAAAUUCCAGGAUACCGAGUCCAUUUCUCUUUCGGCCAUACAGAAGUUCACUGACAGUUGAUUCUGUCUCAGAAGAUAAUUCCAGGAACCUAGUUUUUGACUUCUUCAUGCAAAAAACUGAUUGCUAGAAAUAUAGUGAAGCAGAUCUCUUUACAUGUGCCUUCCAAAGAAGGACC